AUGAGAAUGCCAGAAAAGAAAAUAGAGUUUGUCAAUGAUCUCGAUGUUGAAGAUGAUGAAACUCAUUGGCAUACUUUAAUGAAUACUUUUGAAAUUGUACCUGGAAUACAUAAAAGAGGUUCAUUGGCAUGGGGAUACUUUAAAGAUGAUAUUGAAAAAGAUGGUUGGGGAAAACUAAGAAUUGAAACUGCCGAAGCAAUUAUCCCAGAGCAAUUGUCUUUUAAGGCUGCCGGCUAUUUGGAAGGAUAUUUAACAUGGAACUAUAUUGCCAAUUUCUCAGCGAACUACUUUAAUUUGAUGUUUAAUACUACCGAUAGUACACAAUUCCCAAAGGGUGUAAUGGAUUUCGUUCAGAAGAACUAUGAAUGGACUGUCUACACAUGCAAUGCUACCGAUCCAGGAGAUCCCUAUUGGCAUCAGGUCGUAAUGGUGUUGGAACAAUUCGAAGGUCUCUGGCUAGGAUAUAAUGCUGCAUGUCACACCAAUGGACACAAAGAGAUGACCAUCAUCGAGAUGCUGCUUGUCAAUCUGAUCGGUGAUAUCAAUGACAUUAUGUCUGCAACGAUUCCUGCAGAGUCGGAAUUCAGUGUUCAAUCGCAAAAGAAAUUGGAAAAGUACUUUGCAGAGACUGGCCGAUGCUCCGGUUUGAUCAAGUUGACACCGGAUUUCUCUGACCUCUUUGUUGCCCAUACAACCUGGGGAUCGUAUACCUCGAUGCUCCGUAUCUUUAAGCGUAUUAAAAUUGUAGCUCCAACACUAGUCUAUGGAUAUGAAUCACUAUUCUCCAGUUAUCCAGGUGUCAUGGUUUCCGACGAUGAUUUCUAUAUCAUUCGACCUUCGAAUCUCGUUGUCAUUGAAACUACCAAUCCAAUUGUCAACCAAACACUCUUCUCCCAAAUCCAACCUGGAUCAUUGCUCUAUUGGAUUCGUAAUCUUGUCUCUAAUCGUCUUUCAUACACCGGUCAAGAUUGGGUAAAGACAAUGAUGCGUUAUAACUCCGGUACCUAUAAUAAUCAAUGGAUGGUAGUUGAUUAUAAAUUAUUUACACCAUAUCAACCAUUGCCACCCAAUACUCUUUGGAUUGUUGAACAAAUGCCAGGAAGAUUCGAGAUGGCAGAUGUAACCAAUGUACUUCAAAAUGGAUAUUGGUCUUCUUUUAAUAGACCGUUCUUUGAAUCGAUUUUCCAAGACAUGGGAUACACUUAUUAUACUCAACUCUAUGGUAAUGCAAUCUCCUAUCAGCUGAAUCCACGUGCUAUGAUUUUCAGACGUGAUCAAUCCAAUAUCUACUCGGUAGAGGAUAUGCAAGCAAUGAUGACAUACAACGAAUACCGAACCGAUCCAUUCAGUGAUGGAUAUCCAGGAUCUGCUAUUGCCUCGCGUUUCGAUCUAGGUGCAGGACCAAACAUUCUUAAUUGGUUCUACCAAGGCAGUCAUGGUGCAAUCGAUAGCAAAGUAACCUCGAGUUCUAUGGUGAAAUCGUUCACUGCAAUGGCAAUCAAUGGACCAACCGUUACACCUGACUGUCCACCAUUCAGUUGGAAGCAAUAUCCAGAUGUUCCACACCAAGGUUUACCAGAGGUAGCUUUCACUAGCGUUUUGAAUCUUAGUUUUAGAAUUGUGAGGAAAGAUAGUGGAGGAAAGAGGUAG